AUGCGCAUACUCAGUUCCCGAAGAUCGAUUACGUCUACCAGUACUGCAGAACCGGAGUCACUUCGCAAGCGUGUCAGUGGCACGAAUUCCAGUGACAAUGAGACACGAUCGCAUCAGGACCACAAACAAUAUGCAAUGCAACUCAAAGCACUUACGUCACAAGUUGCAGCACUUGCAUCCCGAGUCACAGUGCAGGCAAGAGAGAUCGAACGGCUUGAGUCUUUGAUCCACAAAAUAGAUGAUGAGACUGUCCAAAUAAACAAUGCAUGUGGGAAUGCAUUUCAGAAUGUGGGUGACAGGCUUGGAAAUGCCGAGAGGCUCUUGGAACAGGUUGCUACUGAGAGAAAAGCACCACCGCUCGUGAAAGGGAGAAACAAUGAAUUAUCAGGGAUAAUACGUUCAUGCUUCAAGCAGGCAAUGGGAGUAGUCGGAGACGAAUACCCUGAGCCAGAUCUGGACGGUGCCUUCAUUAUUCAGGAAGAGACCGGUUUAGGGGAUAUUGUGUCAUACAUUCAACCAAACUGGGAAAUGAGCUUCAGGCAAAACUUUUCCUGGGUCCCUUUGCUGAAGAAAUUAAUCCUUCGAGACGGGCCACUACAUGGUCAAGGAAUGAAGAUGGCUGACCUUGCCAAAAUCCCGCAUAGAGAAAUCGAUGAAAAGAUUCGAAAUCUCUUCAACAAUACCAAGGCCAAGCUUCGUGAGAAACAACUUCCUGAGGAGAUUAGGGUUUUGCAUGCUAGGCGUGCAUGCCAUCGCACACAUGCCCUAGCUCAGAAGGCCAAUGAGCGACUAUCUGCAAGACACUUGGUUCCUGAACUAGAAAACUCGGAGUAUGACUUCAUGUUUUCAACAUACCAUCAAAGCUCCGAUGAUUGGAAUACUAUGCAGAAGAACGACCUGAAAUUCAGCAAGUGGAUGGCAUGUGGCCACUCAUUCAUCACCAGCGGAACUAUCUGGUUCCUGAUGUGUGUUUGGCACGUGUGGGCAAAGCAAUAG